GUGUGUGAGUGAGAGGAACUGUGUCUUGAGUGUUGGUGAAGUGCUGCUUUGCUGUUUAAGAAGCUAGUAGCGUAGUGAAAAUGGGGUGCUGCUGCAGUAAGGAACUGAGCCCAGGCCUGCUAAGUGAGAGGACCAGGCUGCUUCAGGCAUCAAGCCCAGAGGCGCUGGGGAUCAAACACCAGGACAGACUACACACUAAAGCUUUGGCUCAACAUGUGUCUGACGAAAUGGCUCAACACACGUGUGUACCGGACGGACCGGCCAAACGGAAACUUCAGGAACAGGAGAAGAAGAACAAUGUCAUCCCGGACAACGUGUCGACAGGCCCCAAGGCGAGGCAUAGCAGUGUCAGUGGCAUGCGGAGUGGGGGGCUACUCACUCCGCAACACUCACACGAGGAGGAACUGGCUAUUAUUAACGUCUCCACAGGCCCCAGCAUGGUCACACAGACAAACACGGACACACACACACACAUGGACUCGACGGAGACAGGCGUGCCACACACACACGCUGCCAAGGCCAGGGCCAGCUGUGGGAAUGUUCCAUAUUUGGAGGGGAGUGUGAAGAGCCCAUUAAAACAGAAGAUAGCAGAGAACACUAUGGAUAAUUCCUUUAGACAAAGGAUACAGAACACCAUGGAGAACCCACCCAAACAGAAGAUGGAGAAGACAAUGGAGAACCUAGCGAAACAGAUAGAGAAUACCAUUCAGAACCCAGACAGACAGAGGAUAGAGAACACUGUGGAGAGCCCAGUAAGACAGAGGAUAGUGGAGAACGCCCUGCUCAGGUCUACUUGGUUCAACCUGACCCCGGAGCCCGGCCAGGAAGAGACAGAGGGCUGGAGGACCCCCCUGGUCGGAACAUCCCCAACCCACCAGCUGUAUAAUAUCAGAGCUGGAGGGGAUUCCACUAGAGUAGGAGCAGAGGAAGAUGAGGAGGAAGACUGUGUCAUCAGGGCAACCCUGGGGCGGGGUUUCAGGGCCAGAGCUCAGAGCUUCUACAGCAUCUGUUCCAUCGAUGCUGACGACCUCGACACUGACCAAUCCAACACAGAGGAACAGACAGCCUUCAUCCAAUCACACACAGCGGAACCUACAGCAAUCCAAUCACACAUAGCCAAAACUACAUCCUCUAUUCAAUCACACGUAGCCGAACAUACAGCUUCUAUCCAGUCACAUAUAGCCGAACCUACAGCUUUCCAAUCACAUUUAGAGGAACAUACAGCCUCUAUCCAAUCACCCGCAGAAAAACCUAAAGCCAAUGACCAAUCACACAGAGUGGAAUCUGCAAAGGCUGACCUAUCGCACAUAACGGAACCCAAGGCUUCUGAACCCAUGGCUUCUGACCAAUCAAAAACAGUUGAAUUUACAGCCAUCGACCAAUCACAAACAUUGGAACCUACAGCCUUUGACAAAUCCCACUGUGAGCCCCCCGAGGCACCUGUUCUGCCGGACCUUCUCUGGAUAAGCUAUGAGGACCCUCAGACUUCACAACAGGACAGCUCCAUCACCCCCGGAGACACCAGGACCCCACCACUAACUGGAGACAUUACAGAUCCCGACAUACUUGAGCUGACAUCACGCCAGGAGGAGAGUGUGUGUGUGAAGGACGAGAAUGUGUGUGUUAAGAAGACAGGUAUUUUGUCCACAGUGAAGACUGUUGAUAGCAGCCAGGAAGGAGAAAACACAAAGAGGGAUUUGAACCUCCAUGAUACUCAAAACAAUAUUCCCACCCCCACAUACCCCUGCCCUCCUAACCCUACCCUUACAGAGGAGCAGCUCACACACAGCCCCAGCCUUAGCUCUAGCCCCAACUCCAGCCCCCUGCUUGGGGCAGUGGAUGGGGCCACAUGUGUAGAGGAGAUGGAGAGGAUUGAGGUAUACCAAGCAGUCUCAGUGGGGAUGAUCAGUGAGGGGCUGAAAGGAGAGACAGAGGAGGAUGAGGAGGAGGAGACCAUACUCAGCAGCACAGUGGAAACCACACUAACAGAGGUAUCACCAGUCUCCACACUCUCUUCACUAUCCACAGUCUAUCCAGUCUACGCAGUGUCUCUACCCAUGGACUUUACUGUCCACUCAUUCAAAUCUGACCUUAGACCAGUGGAUAUAGAACAUGAAGUUGGAACAAAACCUGAUCAGUAUGAUAUUACUUCUGACAGCAACGCCAAGCCUGAUCAAAACACAACACAUGUGUAUGCUGGGAGACCUGAUAGGAAUGAUGUAAAACCUACUGGAAAUAACAGAAGCCCUGUUGAUGACUCAGAACUCACUGAUUGGCCAGUCCAGGCUGAGGAUAUAGUGGGAAGGUCUGCAGCAACAGAGAAGGAGCCGGAAACCAGUGUGGAACAGAAACACUGUCAGGAAAUGGCUGCCAUCACCAGUCACCCCACAAGAGAGAGCAGCUAUCCUCAGAAUUGUAGAGAGGACAGAGAGAGCAGCAAUCCUUCUCAGGGUUGGGAGGACAGAGAGAGCAGCAAUCCUUCUCAGGGUUGGGAGGACAUAGAGAGAAGCAAUCUUUCUCAGGGUUGUGAGGACAUAGAGAGCAGCCAUAUUUCUCAGGGUUGUGAGGACAGAGAGAGCAGUAAUCCUUCUCAGGGUUGGGAGGACAUAGAGAGCAGCAAUCUUUCUCAGGGUUGUGAGGACAUAGAGAGCAGCCAUAUUUCUCAGGGUUGGGAGGACAGAGAGAGCAGCAAUCUUUCUCAGGGUUGUGAGGACAUAGAGAACAGCCAUAUUUCUCAGGGUUGUGAGGACAGUGAGAGCGGCCAUCUCUCUGAGGAAAGAGGAGGCUCUACUCCUGUCCCUCAGGACCUGCCUAGUGGGGACACUCACUUACAGCCCUGCAAAGGUCCUCCAUCCUCCUUGUCCCAUUUCCUUUCAAUAGGUUCAGAAUGGAGAGAUGGAAGGUUGAGUUCAGAGGGAGGAACUGAACCCACUGACUGCAGAAACCUGUCUGAGAAGAACACAGAAGACGGAACACACGCGGAGGACAGAACACACGCAGAGGACGGAACAUACGCGGAGGACGGAACACACGCGGAGGACGGAACACACGCGGAGGACAGAACACACGCGGAGGACGGAACACACGCGGAGGACAGAACACACGCGGAGGACGGAACACACGCAGGGGACAGAACGCACGCGGAGGACGGAACACACGUGGAGGACAGAACACACGCGGAGGACAGAACACACGCGGAGGACGGAACACACGCGGAGGACGGAACACACGCGGAGGACAGAACGCACGCGGAGGACGGAACACACGCGGAGGACAGAACACACGCGGAGGACGGAACACACGCGGAGGACAGAACACACGCGGAGGACGGAACACACGCAGGGGACAGAACGCACGCGGAGGACGGAACACACGUGGAGGACAGAACACACGCGGAGGACAGAACACACGCGGAGGACGGAACACACGCGGAGGACGGAACACACGCGGAGGACAGAACGCACGCGGAGGACGGAACACACGCGGAGGACAGAACACACGCGGAGGACGGAACACACGCGGAGGACAGAACACACGCGGAGGACGGAACACACGCAGGGGACAGAACGCACGCGGAGGACGGAACACACGUGGAGGACAGAACACACGCGGAGGACGGAACACACGCGGAGGACGGAACACAUGCGGAGGACGGAACACACGCGGACGACAGGGCAGAGAUACACACUGAGAAUAGAAUAUCCCUCCUAGAGGAAUGUGUUGCAACAGACAGCCUCAGUAGCGUGUGUAGUGUAGGAACACAGUCUGACAGUAGUUUAGGGACACUCCCUGAGGACACUGAGUGUAGUAAUAUAGCAACAAAUGACAGUGUGUUUGUCACCCCUGUUUUCCCACCUGUGACAUUUGAAUUCAGCCCAUUUGAUGAACCCCUGAAGUUUGUUUCCCACGGCGAUGACUGCUCAGAUGUGGACUACCCUGUAGACGAUGCAACGACGGCAGAUUCCUAUUUGUUGGUGGGAGUGCUGGGGGUGGAGCCUGAUCAGAUUGACGUUUACGCCUCAACCCCCUCUUACCAGAUACAGUUCCUGGGUCAGGGGUCACUGGCUGUCACCACGGACAUGGACACCAUGGGGGUGAGAGGACAGGUGGAGGAAGUGGGCAUGAUAGACAUGGUGUCAGGACUGCUGGGAGAGGAAGGGGACCCCAACCUCUCUGGCCUCUAUCCCUCUCCCUGGACGCAUUUAGGGCCAGGGCUGGUAGAGGAAGAGGUAUGUGGAGGAUGGGCCCAGGGGCUGGCCCAGGGUAUGGUCCCCAGCCAGGGUGAGGGUGAGGAGGGCUGCGAGGAGGAUCAGCCCUCUAGCUCCAUGGACCUGCUGGGAGUCUACCCCACCUACAGCACUCUUCUGCCUCAGGACUCUUGUUUCUGGGAAUGGCACCCUCAGUACCAGCCUAAAUCCACCCUGGUCUCUGAGCUCAACCCCAACGCUCAGGUAUGGGCCAAUCACAUGCUUAGUCUGGACCACUCGAGCCCCAUCUACACUGACUCCCGUCUACCAUGGCUAGCCGUUAACCAGGAAGGGUAUGACCAGGGAUAUGACCUGGAGGAAGUGGGCGAGGCUCAGCUGGAACCGAGCGUUGUAGAAUUCACAACGGUCACUAUGGGAAGCCUGUCAACCAAUGGCCUGGUCCAGGACAGUUGUAUAUCAGAGGAGCUCAUCGAUCAACUGAAGACCUCACUGGAGUCCUGUCUGUCACGGGAGAACCUUGCCAACGACCUCUACCUCGUCUCCCAGAUGGACAGCGACCAUUUUGUUCCCAUAACAACGCUAGCCAACCUCGACCACAUCAAGAAGCUCAGCACGGACUUGGAACUCAUCUCUGACAUCCUCAAGUCCUUGCCGCUGGUGGAGAUGGCAGAAUGUGGGCAAAAGGUACGGCCCAAUCAGGGACGCUGUAUCGUCAUCCUCCGAGAGGUCCCGGAGACCACACCCCCAGAGGACGUAAAGGCUCUGUUUGCGUGUGAGAGCCUCCCCAGGAUCCAGAGCUGUGAGUUUGCCCAGAACGACAACUGGUUCAUCACCUUUAAAACUGAGGCUGACGCUCAACAGGCAUUUCAGUAUCUGAGAGAGGAGGUGAGGACGUUCCAGGGAAAACCCAUCAAGGCACGGAUCAAGGCCAAUGUGAUGGCAGUCACAUCUUACGCUCCAAAGAAUGGCUACAGGCCCAGCGCAAUGGACUCCUGCACAAAUCAGCAGCCUUACAACCCAUACUACGCCCCUCCCACUUUCCAGCAGCCCCUCCCACAGCUUUACCCAAUGACCAAUCAAAGCUUGGAUGCCAUGGCCGGAUACACAGACCCUGACCUGCAGAUGGCGUCAUUAUCUGGCUUCAUGAACGGCUUCCCAGGAGGCCCCAGCUUCAAAAUAUCCCCCUCAUACAGACACAGUAGGGGGCACCGUGGGCAGCGGGACCAGAGGCGGCGGUCUGGCGAAAGGGAGCCGGGCCUUCUGGAUGACCCCCCCUUCUUCCCAGAGCAUGUACCAAUAGGACGCCCUCCUGGCCCCCACAGGCAGGGCCCGCCACGGUUACCAGGCAACAGACGUAUGGAGGGAGAAGGGGGUCGACGUGGAGGGAGAAGGGAGUCAGGGUCCUCCCCAAGCACUGGCAUAGGAAGGAGAGGCCCCAUUGGUCAGAGGAGGAGAAGAGAUGAGAAGUACACUAGAGAGCCCCCCAAGUCGUGCCCCCGCUCCUUGUCUCCCAGUCUGGAGCUUGGCCCUACUAGCUUCCCCCCGUUGCCCCCAGCAACAGCCUCCAGAGAAACACUUACCAUAGCAACCAGCAAUCACAAAGCAACCUGCAACCACAAGUGUGCAGUUACAUACAGCAGUAGCAGCCAACCAACCACUGUGACAUUACAAGACCUCCAGCCUAUCACAGCAUUGCCUCAGAAAAACCUCCCCCCAGAGAAGCUGAAUGAAACCAUGCCAUCUCUCAAGAGGACCACAGCAGCUCCUCCGACCGUGAAAGAACCUAUCCAGACCACGAAGGAAAACAGACCAGCAGUGGAGUCCAAGAAGCCAAGCUACGCUGAGAUCUGCCAAAGGAUACGCGCCAAUCAAACGCUUUGCGCAAACCCCAUUGACCACACCCCAUCCGGGGCGGAGCUUGCCCCAGCCUAUCCUGCACAGGAGUCUGACCAGGCUCAGUUACCACGGUGACCAGAGUGAGCUGGUUACUUUUGGUUGGGGAGGGCAAGAGGGGAGGAGGAGAGAAGAGGAGGACGUUGUUCAAGCCAAAGGAAAAAAGUCUAUAGCCCUUUAAUGUUGAGGUUUUCAUUUAUUUUAUUUAUAAAGUUUAGUUAGUUUUAGAAGCCAAGUUGUAGAACUCUUGUUUUUCUCUGCUGUCUGUCUGUCCGUCUUGUGUCUGUCUGUCUGACUGACGGAAGUCUCUGAAUUCUUUACGGUUUAAUAUUGAUUCAUUUAUUUUUAUGAAUAUUGAUUAGUAUUUAGACCAUCAGACAUACUUCUGUAUUAAUUCCUAAGUCUAAAUAACUUCUGCGGAACAGUUACAAUAACUACACUGAACACACACAACAGUUACAGUAACUACACUGGAACACACUGGAACAGUUACAGUAACUACACUGAACACACUGGAACAGUUACAGUA